AUGACGACCGUACGUAUCGGUUUAAUGAUUGCGCUACUCGUGGCGCCGUCGUUGGUGGCCUCCAAAUCAAACGCCAAUAAAAAAUUGCCCUACUGCCAGAGUCUGCUCAAGGUCGCCAACGUUCGUUCAAAGAUACUCAAAGUGAACAAGACGAGUUACGCCGUACUGUACACGUGCGACAAGAACGACACUCUGUACGGCGGACCGCCCUUAGUGUACUGUCAAAAGCCGAAAAAGAUGGUGGAUGACGCAUCGGGCGAGAAGCGCCAGUGCCUCUCGUUGAUAUACACCUACGUGAUCAAGAACGACGAAGCCAUCAGCACGCUCACCAACCGCGAACUGGCUGCCGUGGUGAAACUCGCCGCCGAACUCUUGAACGGCCACAUCUUUUGCGGCUCCAAUCUUCGAGUCAUGGAAUACAAUUCGUCUCUCGACGCUCUGCCCGACAGGCGGAACCAGCUACACAUCAAAAGGCCCUUUCCGAUAUCCUUUCAACUGGGAGAGUACCUUUCCUCGACCGAAAACGGCUUCUACACCGAACCGCACCUCUCGACCAAGGAUAACUACCUAGACGGGCGACCCGGUCUGCGAAAGUGCCUAUACGACUUUAGUAGCAUUCUGUACGGGAGCCGAGACGCUCUGGCACACGCCGUGUACGACAAGCUGAUCCACAUAAACACGCUAAAGGUCGUAAAUGCCUCGGCGGACACCAUAUUACACACGGUGUUACACGAGUUGGCCCACGCCGUGGGUUUUCAGCAUUUGAAGAAUGCGUCGUAUUUCAUGAACCCUUCCACGCCGGGAUCCGGGGGCAGUUUGCCCUACUCACAGUGGUACGAAUCUUACAAUCGGUUCUUUACAUCGAACGAAGUAUCCGUGAUGAGGGAUCGCUCGAGCAGAUACAACGACUCUGCAAUAAUGUACGGCGGUUGGCUCGGGCACCAAUGUCGCUCGCGCGACAUCGACACGGACAUUCAGGAAGCGCUCUCAGAGGCCAAGCAGACGGUCGCUCAAAGCGGCUAUAGCUUCGAUCGCGACUACAAGUAUUUUAUGGACGUUCUCCGGACUCUCAGAAUUCAAGACGCCUCUGCGAUUGCGCACUCUCAGGUUUCCGGUCUACACAGAACGCACACGCUCAUGAGCGAGGCCAUGUUGCAGAGGGAACUGGCGGGCAUUCGCGGCAGACCAGUCAUCUUAAAUUUCUUCAACGACAGCCUGAUUAUUCCCUCGUACAACUGGGACACGAAGCGUUUCAUUUUCGCCGCAGAGGACGGUACAUGUUGGGGGGUCACGGACCUGACUAACGACAUGUGGCGUCUCAAGAUGGCCAUCACCGACCCGUCUCACGGGCGUCUCGUGUUUUCGGCGGACGAAAACUACUAUCGAGUAGGGGUAUCCUUUAAAAAUUUUGUUCACAGCAAGGCCAUAAUGGUCGACGGGCAAGAAACCAACCUGUCUCAGUACAUCGAUAGUUUGAAUCCCUACGAAAAUUACGGUUACGCGUUCUACUUUCAAGACGCCAAGACCAUCCACAACUACCCCUUACCCGACGAGCCCUUCAACCGUACCAUGUGGGAAUCGUCGCUCGACGGCUCCAAGUGCAACGAUCGCGCCUCCGUCUACAUGUUCAUGUACGACGGCAAAGCUUAUACGGUGACCGAGGACAACUACGUACACAGCGGCUGCGGCGGUUCCGCGGCCACCAAUCAACUCGGCAUGAGCGUCGAGACAUUCAUCGUCACGCACAUUUGCGACGAUAGCAUACACGAUACCGAUCCGCAGAGAGAUGUGCAGAAAGCCGAGAGUGAAGCAGACAUAACCGAUAACGACUCGAACGGCAACCCCGAAAGCGACGACGAUGAGUCUCCCGAUCUGAUCGACUUUGGUUGGUACACGGGCGUGGGAGUCGUGUGCGCACUGUUUAUAGGCGUCACCGCCUACUGCGGCACUCUAAUCGUCCGCGAUCCGAAAAAAUACGCCGAAAGAUAUAGUACGGUUUAG